AUGGUGUGGCUCCUAGAUCAAGAGUAUGACAGGGAUCACCGGGCUUUUCAUAUGACGGAGAGGACAACGGAUCUUCACCCUUUGAAGAUUCGUUACCAUGGUACAGUGGAUAUACCGUAUGACGAGAGGUACACGGAGUUCAUCAAGCCUACCGGUCUUCUCCCGUUCAUAUCGCUUGUAAGCCGUGGGGGGCCGAACAUGAACGCCGCGGCACUCACCGCCCUUGUCGACCGGUGGAGGCCGGAGACGCACACCUUCCACUUGAGGGCCGGCGAGAUGACCCCUACUGUUCAGGAUGUUUCCAUGAUCCUUGGACUUCCUAUUCAGGGCGAGCCACUGUGUAUGAACACAGCUUCUGAUGGGUGGCGCCAGCAGAUGGAGGCGCUUAUUGGCAUGGCUCCUCCGGCGCCAGCAAAUCCAAAGGAGAGAGCUCCCGCCGGCGCAGCUUUCUCUUGGAUUAGGCUUAACUUUGGAGAAUGCCCGAAAGGGGCCAACGAGGACACUCUCAGGACAUACACCCGAGUGUACUUGUGGUACAUGAUUUCGAGGACUCUCUUUCCUGACAGUGGUGGGAAGUUGGCCCAUUGGUGUUGGCUGAAGGCACUUACGGUGUUGGAGCACCGGUGGAGUUGGGGAACAACGGCACUUGCCUACCUCUACCGGCAGGUGAAGAUUUGUUGCAUGUGGAUUGGGAGCCAUAUGCGGUUCGAGAUCCAAAAAACAGCUGACGAUUGCGAGGUUGUUUGGAAUCAGAGCUAUACAGAUGAGAAGCCUAUCGGACCGAUGCGGCAUUUCAUUAAGAUUCCUGACGACGAGGAAAUUUUGAGUCAAAGCAUUAGUCGCGGCAAGAAGCAAGCCACAAGAACCGAGGCCCUUCCGCGACGUGAAAAAAACGCUGAGGAGAAAAAGAACUUUGCGGUACGCACGACACCACCCUUGCGACUGGUCCACCCGUCUUGUCGUUCCUCGGCCGCCGCCGACCUAGGCCCCUAUCUGGGCGAGAAACCAGAUCACCGCGCCACCCACUCGGCAUCGGCGGCCAGGAAGAGGAGAUGCCGGCGGCGGGGAAAGAUAGAGGAGGUGCGGCGAAGUACACACAAAAUCCCCUUCAUCCAGCCCAUUGGCCGCCCUCAAAUCCUCUUCACGGUGGAGAAGCUGGAGGUCAUCCGGCGGCUACACCCAAGAGACAGCGUCGUGGACCACAAGGACUCCAUUAUUCUCCUCCUCGCGCUCCGCUGCCUCGACCGUGGCGUCCCCUUCCUGGGCUUCUCAACCACGAGCAAGUUCUGCUCCGUGGCGUUCCCUUCCUAG